CGAUUACAUCGUCGGAAUGCUAACGAAAAAGGAGAAAAUUUUAAUACAACCAUUUAUUGAACAAAAUUAUAAAAAACAUCGCCGUAAGGUGCAAAGUGCUCAGCCGGCCAUUGAUUUUGCGCGGCCCUCCGAACAACCGCAUGUUUUGGUCAAGUUGAAAAAAAUUCAAAAGGAACGCGAACGCAUGCAAGAGAUCGAACGGGAAAAUCAACGCCUUCUACAAAAACUUUGCUCGAUUAUGACCACUAACCGCUUGGAGAACUACUGGAAAACUCCGCAUCCAAAGUUCUUAAAUCGAGUCUACAUCAAGCCACCUCAAGCCAAACAACGAGCCCAAUCGGUUCCAGCUCGAAAAAUAUCGGUUCCCAACUCGAUUGAAGGCAGUGUAGCAAAAUCGCUGAAAAGUCACGGCAGUGCGCGAUGCCCGACAUGCAGCGGAAAACCCGUUGUAUCCGCCGUGAAAAUCCCCGAAGAACGAAUACCAUUUGCACCGCCGCGCAAAUCAUGGAAUUACAAAUUAAUCAAUGACACAUCAAAAUUGCAUCGAUGUUGUAAAUUUUGCUGUUGAAUCCGUCGUUCGUUCGAAGCAUCAAUAUCAUCA